AACCGACCAGCCCCAUCCACUUGCAACAAUGUCCCGCCCAGAUCUAUACCGCGCAGGCAACACUACCUCCGCCCGCUUCGACAACGUUCGCGAGGGCACGGACGUCAUCGUCACCGACGGCAAGGUCGGCCCUAGUGACGGCGGGAUCUCUACAAACAGCGUCAAGGUCGCGUCGUGGGCGCCGAACAAGACCUGGGUCCUGCAGCGUACCACAGCCCUCGUGACCGGGCUCAAGGCUAUCAACGACGCCGGCACGCAUUGGCUCAUCGCCCCUGCGUCCGAGAUGACGCUCACGACGUACAAGAGCCAUCUCAGGGCGCUCAACGCGAAGGCCGUGCGCUACGACCAGUUGCAGACCGCGGACGCCCACGUCGAGGCCAUCGAACUCGCAGCGCAGUCCGCGCACACCGACCGUGCGACGCGGUUCGUCUACAACGCCCUCGCGUCCGUCGUCCACAAGUCCAUCACCAUCGCGGACUGGGACGAGAACGAUUACGCGUACAUUGCGGUGCUGGCGCGCGGUCUGGAGGAUGGAAGCCUCCAGCUCUCUGAGCUCGUCUGGACCGAGGAGGGAGGAUGGAGCAAGUCGAAGGCGUUCGUCGCGCGUGCGGUUUCGGCGUACAUGGCCCACGAGGCGGCGGCAGUGAAGCUUGCGGAGGAUGAGGACGCUGAAGCGGACGCCGCGAAUGACCAUGCUUAUCUGACCGCCGUUCUCAAGCUCGACGAUUCGCAGAAUCCAUGCUGUGCUGCAUAAAUCGACGUAGGUCACAGAUCUCGGGUCGCAAUGUACAGAGUAAAUGAUGUAUAAGAAGGGUGCUCGCGCGCGAAUUCCAUUAUGCCCUACGGAGUAUCCGUCAGUUGAGAAAAAGAGCACAGAUCUGAGCUACUUAUCUGUACUAGUGAGACCGCGAAGCCGGCAGCGCAGGCCCGC